GGUUCAAGUGGGGGUUCAGGCGAUGGUUCAAAGAAGCAGAAGUCAAAAUUGAAUCUUAUUCUAACUCUACUCUUAAGUAGCUCAGCAUUUUUUAACCUCAUUCGGUUGAUUACUACUCUAAGGUUUGUUUUGGACUCAAGAUACAGGAAAAGAACGAUGCUUCAACUUUCCAGAGCAACCCAUGGCAUGAUGAGUGUGCAAAGCUUCACCUACAAGGAGCUUGAGAAAGCUACCAAACAUUUUGAAGAAGUACUUGGGAAGGGUGCUAGUUCAACAGUUUACAAAGGUGUUUUAGGAGAAAUGCAGCAUGGCAAUGUUGAGCAAUUCAAAGUCCAUCCACAGAAUGCCACAGGGAUGUCAAAGUAUAAAGUAAGAACAAAUACUUACAUUUUAAUGGUCCAAAUUGAAACCGGAGAGUUCUUACUAGCCAUAUGGUUUGACAAAAUACCUGAAAAAACCAUUGUAUGGUCAGCCAAUGGUGGAAAUCUCGUGCAACAAGGAUCAAAAGCUCAACUUACAACAGAUGGCCAGUUCAUGCUCAAUGACCCAAAACGACAAGAGGUAUGGAAGGCUAACUUGGCUGGCACUGGUGCCGUUUCUUAUGCAGCCAUGCUCGACACUGGAAACUUUGUGCUGGCAAGCCAGGACAGCACCAACUUGUGGGAAAGUUUUGGUCAGCCAACUGACACAAUUCUACCCACACAAAUAUUAAACAUAGGCAGCAGCCUUGUUGCUCGUUAUUCAGAAAUGAAUUACUCGAGCGGAAGAUUUUUGAUGCAGUUACAAUCAAAUGGAAAUCUUGCACUCUUCACCACAAAUUUCCCAUUGGUAUCAGCAAAUGCUGCCUACUGGUCAGCUAACACUGAUGGUGGUGGUUAUCAGGUUAUCUUUAACCAGUCUGGCUACAUCUACCUAGAAGCUAAAAAUGGAAGCCAAAUCAGCUCUAUAGCGUCAAAUGGAGCUUCAACUAGCAACUUCUACCUGAGAGCAAUCCUUGAAUAUGAUGGGGUCUUCAGGCAAUAUGCCUAUCCAAAGAACAGUAGUGAUAGUGCAGGAAGGCCUAUGGCCUGGUCAUUGCUGUCGUAUGUACCAGGAGAUAUUUGCACUAGCAUCAGACAAGCCACGGGUGGUGGAGCUUGUGGGUUCAACAGCUACUGCAUUCUAGUAAAUGAUCAGAGACCUAAAUGCCUGUGCCCACCUGGAUACUCAUACUUGGAUCCAAAUAAUGACAUGAAUGGAUGCAAACAGGAUUUUGUCCCACAAGAGUGUGAUGAAGGCCAAGAUGCAGAUCUUUUCGACUUCCAGGAUAUGCCCAACACAGAUUGGCCUUUGUCAGAUUAUGAAUACUUUCAACCAGUUACUGAGGAUUGGUGCAGACAGGUAUGCCUGACAGAUUGUUUCUGUGCUGUUGCAAUCUUUAGAAAUGGCAACUGCUGGAAGAAGAAAACUCCUCUCUCGAAUGGGUUGCUUGAUAGCAGUGUAGGAGGGAAAGCACUGAUCAAAGUAAGGAAAGACAACUCAACAAACACAUCUGGUGAGAGUCCAAAUAAGGAGCAUCAAUCAACUUUGAUUCUUAUAGGAACUCUACUCUUAAGUAGCUCAGCAUUUUUCAAUCUUGUUCUGCUGAUUACUACUCUCUGGGUUGUUUCACGCUUAAAUUCCAGGAAAAGAAGAACGCUUCAGCCUUAUGCAGCAACACAAGGCAUGAGUUUGCGAAGCUUCACUUACAAGGAGCUUGAGGAAGCUACCAAAAACUUCAAAGAAGAACUCGGAAGGGGUGCUUUUUCAACAGUUUACAAAGGAGUGUUAGAUAUUGAUAAUAAGAACUUCAUCGCUGUUAAAAGAUUGGACAAAAUGGUGACAGAAGGUGAGCAGGAAUUUCAAGCAGAAAUGAGUGCCAUUGGCAAGACAAACCACAAGAAUCUAGCCCAGCUGCUAGGAUUCUGCAACGAGGGAGAACAUCGGCUUUUAGUGUAUGAAUACAUGAGCAAUGGAUCUUUGGCCAGUUAUCUUUUUGGAAAUUCAAGGCCCAGUUGGUAUAGAAGAACUCAGCUUGCUCUUGGGACUGCCAGAGGGCUUGUUUAUUUGCAUGAAGAGUGCAGCAACCAGAUCAUACACUGUGACAUUAAGCCUCAAAAUAUCCUGCUGGAUGACUCCUAUACAGCAAGAAUUUCUGACUUUGGAUUGGCAAAGCUUUUGAAAACAGACCAGACUCGAACUGUUACUGCAAUUAGGGGAACAAAAGGAUACGUUGCCCCAGAAUGGUUUAGAAACAUGCCCGUCACAACUAAGAUUGACGUUUACAGCUUUGGAAUUCUGCUGCUAGAGCUCAUUUGCUGCAGGAAGAAUUUUGAGCAAAAUGCAGAGGAUGAAAAUCAAAUGAUAUUGGCUGAUUGGGCAUGUGAUUGCUAUGAAGUUAGGAGAUUGCAUCUCCUAGUUCAGGAUGAUGAAGAAGCAAUAGAAGACUUUAAAAGGGUGGAGAAGUUUGUGAUGGUUGCCAUUUGGUGCAUUCAAGAUGAUCCAUCUUUAAGACCCACAAUGAAGAGAGUCUUACAGAUGCUAGAAGGAGCCAUUGAAGUUCCUCUUCCUCCGGUGGUUCCUAAUUCAUCAGUUCAAUUCAAGUCCAAAAAAUCAUCAUGGACCCAGAAUCCCAGAUUGAUAUCCAAACAUUCCCAGAAAGAUAGGAAUGAUAGAUCCCAGAAAUGUAAUCUAGAAAACUCAGAAUAAUAGGAACAGCUGACUAAGCCAGGCCCUAAGGUUUGACUUUCAACAAUAUGGCCAUCUUGUAAUAGAUUCAUUAUCAUAUUAAACAAAAGGGUUCACGAAUUAGAACCUCUAGAAAUGCUGCAGGCCUGGAUUAUUUUAUAUUUGUUCAUUUUCCCUUCUAGAUUGAGUUC